AUGGCCGCCAGUGCAUCCAGCUCUAGCAACGUCGUCGGCGUGCACUACCGUGUUGGCAAGAAGAUCGGGUAGGUGCACAGCUUUUGCUAGGAACAGUCAGCCUGACUAGCUAACACCGAGCAGGGAGGGGAGCUUUGGCGUUAUCUUCGAGGGCACCAACCUCCUCAACAACACGCAGGUCGCCAUCAAGUUUGAGCCGCGCAAGAGUGAUGCUCCUCAGCUCCGCGACGAGUACCGCACGUAUAAGAUCCUGGUAGGAUGCCGUAAGUGAAGCCCAACCAAUCACGUGACAUGGUGCCGGACCGUUCCGUGCGUACAACCCAGGUGAUGCAGCUCACUGACAUGCAGCAGCUGGUAUUCCCAAUGUCUACUAUUUCGGUCAGGAAGGCCUGCACAACAUUCUGGUCAUUGACCUGUUGGGCCCAAGCUUGGAGGACCUGUUCGACCACUGCGGCAGGCGCUUCUCCAUCAAGACCGUCGUCAUGGUCGCCAAGCAGAUGCUCUCGCGCGUGCAGACCAUUCACGAGAAGAACCUCAUUUACCGCGACAUCAAGCCAGACAACUUCCUCAUAGGACGUCCCAACACAAAGCAACAAAACGUCAUCCAUGUCGUGGACUUCGGUAUGGCCAAGCAGUACCGCGAUCCGAAGACGAAGCAACACAUUCCAUAUCGGGAGCGCAAGUCGCUGUCAGGAACAGCAAGAUAUAUGAGUAUCAACACGCAUCUGGGACGCGAACAGUCUCGACGUGACGAUUUGGAGGCGCUCGGUCACGUCUUCAUGUACUUCCUUCGUGGCGGGUUGCCCUGGCAGGGACUGAAAGCAGCUACGAACAAGCAGAAGUACGAAAAGAUUGGCGAGAAGAAACAGACCACGGCAAUAAAGGACCUCUGCGACGGCUUCCCGGAAGAAUUCAACAAGUACCUCUCGUACGUCCGGAACUUGGGCUUCGAGGAUACACCCGACUAUGACUACUUGAGAGACCUCUUCACGAAGGCGCUGCAGAACAACGGCGAGGUCGAGGACGGAGAGUACGACUGGAUGAAGCUGAACAAUGGUAAAGGGUGGGAUGUACCACAGCGCCCUUCCGGCGGACAUCGGGAACAAGCGAAUCCAUCCAACGCCGACUUGCACCGUAGCAACCUCAACCGAGCGUCCAACACACCCCAGAUUGACAAGGAGAAGCCUCUACCGAGCAAGCCCGGAGCAGUGAGGCAGCCGAAUGCGCAAAGAACACAGCCCGGGCGGCGACCACAAAACAGCGCAGACUUGGGCAAACGCGGCAGUGGAAUGCAACUUGAAACUCCUGACCACCGCAGUACGGCGGCACAGUUUCAGAACAGCCGAGCUGACUUGACGCGAGGGGUGAGCUCCUCCGGAGUCAAUGCUAACACCACUGCCCAGACCGGAACCCAGUCGGCUUCAAGACCGGCUCAACAGCAACAAGCACCGGAACAGAAGGAUGGCUUUGUGCAAAAGAUGCUGAAGGUCCUGUGUUGCGGUUAG